CCAGCUUAUCCAAACUCCUAGCUGUCCCAAAAGAACACACUUCUCUUCAAGCUCUGAAAACAGACACAGAGCCAGAGCAAUGGCUUUGCUUCGUCAACCUCUAGCACAUCUACCUUGUCUUCAAAACCCACUUCACCUCUCCAAACACAAACCCACAACUCUCUCUGUUUCCGGGUCUCUUCUCUCACUCUCUCUUUCCUUUUCUCACACCCACCAUACUCUCACCACCUCUUCAAUCAGGACCCGUAAAAAGCUCGCAAAUUUCGUGGUCCAAUUUUCCACCACAACCCAGGAAGAAGCCAUUGAAGACAACCCAGUUCUUGUGGAGCCUGAAACCGAAGAGUUCUCUGAUACAAGAUUGCUUGCCCAGAAUGUGCCUUGGACUUGUACCCCUGAAGACAUCAGGACCAUGUUCGAGAAGUACGGCACUGUUGUCGACGUUGAGCUUGCGAUGUAUAGCAAGGGCAGAAACAGGGGAUUGGCGUUUGUGACUAUGGCUUCUCCAGAGGAGGCUCGUGUGGCUCUCAAUGGUCUCGAAUCGAGUGAAAUGGACGGUCGUAUUAUAAAGAUGGCUUAUGCCAAGCCAAAAAAGAAGAAGAUUCCCCCUCCUAUGCCAUCCAAGGAGAUAACAUUUAAUUUGUAUGUGGAGAAUUUGUCGUACGAAGUAAGGGCUAAAGAUCUCAAGGAGUUUUUCACUUCGGAGGGUACUGAUAUCGUUAAUGCAGAAGUCGUAUUUGAAGGUAAUCCAAGAAGGUCCGCUGGAUAUGCAUUUGUAAGCUUCAAGUCAAAGAAAGAGGCUGAGGCAGCCCUUGCUACUUUCCACGGCAAGUUGUUUAUGGGAAGAAAAAUUCGUGUGGCACGUAGCAAACAAUUUGUUAAAGUACCGAAAGUUAAAGAACCCGCAGUAAAGAGCUCAGAGUCAGGUGAUAUUGCUACUGAACUGGGUUAUACUUCCGAGCAAUUGAUAGCAAAUAAUGGUGAAAAGAAGUGAGCUUUGGGAGAAUGCGACAUCUGCAUUUUCUUCAGAUAAUGUUUUUUAAGGGUCUUCCACUUAGGUGCUUAUGCAAGGUUGCUUGUGAACCAGGGUGAUAUCGCUUGUCAUUUAGGGAUGAUGACCCUUGAGUGGUGACACAAUUUUGUUAAACUGAGCUGCAUAAACUAGAAAAGCAGAAUAGCUCUUUCAAUAUCAAGGCUUAAGAAGAGAGGAAACAAAGUAGCUAGAUGAUAUCUGUAAUAAAAUGAUGUGUUAUAUCAUCAUAUGUAUCUUUCCAAAUUUCCACCUACCGAGUAGCUGGAUGUUUGGUUCUUAUGUAUUCUAUAUACUAGAGUCAAGUUUCUGCAUCUUUCAGAU